AAAGAAGGAAAGAAUAGUAGAGACAGAGACAGAGAGAGGAGAGAGAAACUAGAGAGAGAGAGGAGAGCUCGUCUCUAUUUGUCUCUCAGCUUCUUCGUGCUCUUGAGAGCGAUCGGAUCCUAAGUGAUCCGUUCAAGCAAUAUUUGGAACUGACUCUGGCAUUAUCGACUGAUCAGAGCUUUUUUUUUUUUUUUUUUUUCCCCAAAUUAAUCUUUACACUCUCUUCUCUCUCUCUUAAAUUUUGGUCGCUUCAAUUUUUUUUUUGUUUGUUUUCUAGUUUGUCGAUCAACUUGUCGACCUCAUUGGAAACCUUUUCAAACCCUAAUUCGAGGUCUGCAAUUUCGAAACCCUAAUUUGAUUUCUUCGAUUUUGAAACCUUAAUUUUGAUGGCUACAGCUUCUAAUUCUGCUACCAACAAUCACUCCCCUCGAAGCUCCGGCGACUCAGCCGUCAACAGCCCCAAAUCGCGCCGAGCGCGUGGCGUAUCCUCGCCGUGGACACAGAUUGUUCGCGGCGAAUCCGAAUCGAUCGUCUCGUCAUCAUCAUCGUCAGCUGCUGCACCGUCUUCUCCAUCGUCGGGGGCUCUUCAGGAACAUACUGCAGGGUUUUCAUCUGAAUGUUCGCCUUCGAAGGCGGUGGCCUUGGCUUCAUUUCCAACUGAAGAUUCUGCUGUGGAGGCUCAGCCAGAUAGCUCGGAUAAUGGUACUGGCAAUAGCAAUGCAGCUAAGAAGACAGCUUGGAACAGGCCUUCUAAUGGCGCUGCUGAUGUUCGACCUGUAAUGGGGGCUGUUUCGUGGCCUGCUCUCUCCGAGUCCACUAAGGCUUCUCCAAAAUCUUCAUCUUCUGAGUCAUCGAAAGCUUUCUCUGACGGAUCGGUCUCUGUAUCACAGGGGACUGGAAAUGCUUCUUUUCCUUCACAGAAACAAGUCAUCACAAAUAAUGCGAACCCUAGUUCAACUCCAAGCAGUUUAACGCCCACACGCCAUAAGUCUACGAGACGUGGUGGUGGGAGCUCAAGUGGGAGUAUAUCUGCUAAUGGUGGCUUCCCUCAGCCGCCAUCGCCAAUGGGUCCAGUGGUGGAAUUGCAUUCUAAUAGUGCUGGAAAAUCCGGAUCUGUUCUCCCAGAGUCUUCUCCGAGAGACCAUACAUACAAGGAGAGUGGACAGAAGGGGGGCUUUGGGUCACAAACCCAUAGUGGGAAUGAUAACCCACAGCAACGCAAUUCAUCUAGGAGGGGCAAUAGUGGUUCCCAUCCUCGCGGUGAUGGCUCUUACCAUCAUCAUUAUGCGGGCAAGCGUGAUCAGGACCGUGGAAAUCAUGACUGGACUUCUUCUCACCGAAAUUUUAGCAGAGAUGCUCCUAUGCAGACGCAAAGAGUUGUUCCUAGGGGCUUUUUACGACACCCAACACAUAGCUCUACCCCUUUUGUUGCUCCUCCACCCAUGCCUGUGCAGCCUUAUGGCAACCCUAUGGUAUACCCUGACCCGUUGAUUUACAUUCACGGACCACCAGCUCCUCCCGAGUCCCUCAGAGGUGUGCCUAUUAUUGCACCAAUGCAGCCUAUGUAUUUCCCUAUCCCACCAGAUCCUCAAUUGCAUGCUAAGAUAGUGAAUCAGAUAGAUUAUUAUUUCAGUAAUGAUAAUUUAAUUAAAGAUACAUUCUUGCGGCGCAACAUGGAUGACCAGGGCUGGGUUUCUAUUAAAUUAAUAGCAGGCUUCAAAAAAGUUAUGCAAUUGACAGACAAUGUUCAGUAUAUAUUGGAUGCUGUGCGCAGCUCAACUGUGGUGGAAGUACAGGGUGACAAAGUAAGGAGGCGUAAUGAAUGGGUGAGAUGGUUAAUGCCUCCUGUUCAGAUUCCCACAGUCUCAAGUCCUCAAUCAUUUGGAAGGUCCGCUCACGAUAUGCUGGCAGCCAACCUCCAAAAUGUUUCACUUGGAAGAUCGUCAUCGGGGGAUUUGAAUAGCCAAUCGCAACCAUCCAGCGGUGAGGGGUUUGGCCAAGCCAGUUCUGAACGUCCAGUUUCAGCAAGAAGUUCGAGUAAUUGAGAAUUGAGCUAAUGCUUAAUUCUCAUGGAAGGUUUUUUGAUAUGGAAAUGGUUGGAGAGACGGGGGGGCUCAAUGAUGGCAAAAAUCUUACUUUUCUUGGAGAUAAUGGGUCUUGGUCUUGCUGUGACAUGAUGAAACAUGGCAUUUCAUUAAGGAAAUAGACAAACAAAAUUAAAAGGAACAAAAAGAGGAAAUUAUAACAAAAAUAAAAAGAAAAACCAGAGGAAGAAGGAAAAGGAAGAGAGCUCUUAUGACUGUAAGGUAGUAGUAGCAUGAGUUUGUUGGGACAUAUGUAUGGUUUUGGAGGGAACUGUUGUCUUCUUCUAUUUCAUGGUUAUCUAUUGUGACUUGGUUAUGAUGAUGAUGAUGUUGGGGAUUUUGAUUUUAUUUCCCCUUGCUGCCCCUCAGCUGGUUUUACAAAAUGUUUGGGGUCAGAUUAUCUCCCAUCUUAGUAGUUAAAAAACUACAUAUGAGAUUGGGUGGGUGGGGUGGAGGAGUUGGUGGGUUUGUGUUUAUGUGCUUAUAGGUGAAGAAGAUAUGAUGUUGUCAGAUGCUGCUGCUCAUGUUGCUACUCUACUACUAUCACUACUGUGCUAUUAUUGCUUGCAUAAUUAUCUCCUUGUUUAGGGGUUUAUCUAUUUUUUUCGUUUUUAUUUUAAUUCUCUCUCGGUUUUUUUUUUUUUCCUCUUCGUUUAUUGGAUAUUGUUUAAUGUAUACCUUCUUCAAGGCCCUCGAAGAUUUUACUGCAUAAAUUGCUUUUUGGUAGGGGGCAGACAACUUUGAAACACGCAGGUUAGGGCAGGA